AUGGCCAUCAAACAGUGGAUGGGCCUGCUCCUCGCAGGCUCCUCGCUUUCUUCUGCCUUGCCCAGCUCCAAAGUCGCCGCACGCACUACAGAUGCCGCCACCGAGUUUGUGGAUAAUCUUGUUGCCGAACUGACUGCAGCCUACAACGAUCAUCAAAUCCGUGCGCCCCAGUGCGCUCAAGAAUCGACCUUGGUCGUGGACACUGGCUAUGCCAAGUACAGGGGCUACUACGACUCGGCAUCUGCUCUGAAUCACUGGAAGGGCAUCCGAUACUCGCAGGCUCCCACGGGAAGUCUGAGAUGGCAGCCUCCCCGUUUCCCUGCUCUGGCCCCAUCUGCGCCGGUCACUGAUGCCGACGCCUUUGGCAACACAUGCUAUCAACACACUCCGCGUACAGCACUUGGCUCUUUCCUUGGGCCCCCUGGUAGCGAAGAUUGCCUCUUCCUCAAUGUGGUCGCCCCUGCCAAUGCCACCAAGCUUCCAGUCGUGGUUUGGAUCCACGGCGGAGGCUAUGGGUAUGGUGAUAGUUCGCAAGAUCUGACCCAGCUUAUCAACGACAAUGGGAAGACUUUCAUUGGUGUUUCUAUCAACUAUCGUCUUGGUGCCUUUGGUUACCUGUCCUCCCAGGAGGUUAAGGACAAUGGUGUUGUUAAUGCCGGUCAUCUUGACCAGGCUCUUGCUUUGGCCUGGGUCAAGCUCCACAUCUGCAAAUUUGGUGGUGAUCCUUCCAAGGUUACUAUCGCCGGGCAGUCCGCCGGUGCUGGCUCCGUUAUGCACCACGCAUUGGCUGUCAACGGUGACCUCGGCUCUCUUUUGUUCGACAAGGGACUUGCUCAGUCUCCCUACCUGCCUUACCAGCCCAACUUCAACGAUGCUAUCCCUACCAGCAGAUAUUAUGCCUUCUCCGCCGCUGCCGGCUGCCCUUCCUCCGGCAGCGUUUUUUCUUGCCUGCUUAGCAAGAGCGCUGCCGACCUCGAGCUUGCUUCGCUUUCAGUCACUGCGUCGUCAACCCAGGGAAGUUGGGGCUUCUGGCCUGUGACUGAUGGCGUGUACAUCAAGAACCGUCCCACUGCACAGCUCACCGCCAAGAGGGUCAACGGCAACAAGCUCCUCGUGGGUUACAACGCUCAUGAGGGACCCCUCUUUGUGCCUGGGCCCGAUGCGAUCGAGACUCAGGCCGACCUCCUCGCCUGGAUGGCUCUCUGGUUCCCCAACCUCACUUCGGCCCAGCUGAACAGCAUCCUGGCCAUCAAUCCCAACUCGGCGCUGAGCUCUGCUUCCGGUCCCAGGUUUGAGACUGAUGGUCUCAACACCGGCGGCUUCAACGCCAUCAACACCAGCCCCGACGGCGUCGGCCAGAAGCAGAGAGGCAACAAUAUCUACGCCGAGGCCACAUUUGCAUGCCCUGCGUACUGGCUCGCCGAUGCUUACUCGGGCAACCCGGGCAAGUCUUCCUGGCUGUAUCAGUUCUCUGUUCCUUUUGCCUACCACGGAGCCGAUAUCAACGCAGCCUUUGGACCCAGCACCUCCAGCCUCCCCAGCGACAUUACCCUCGCGUUCCGCAAGGCCUGGGGCAACUUUAUCGUCGGUGGAAACCCAUCCAUCGCCAACACGAUUGCGAACGGAGCCUCCUCUGCGUCUCCUAGCGCAUACCACCCCGCAUCCAACUGGCCUGUUUGGAACCAGAACGCGCCCCAGUUUGUCAACUUCAACACAACCGGCGGGACUCUCGCUACUGUUGAGCUUCCGUUGGUGGGGUCCUAUCCCCAGUAUGAGGGUCCGGGCAUCAAGAAUGCCAUUUCAGUUCAGAACGCCAACACUUGGGAGGCUUACCGUGGGGACAGAUGCGCCUUCUACAAGAAUCUUGGCCCAUACAUGCCGAACUGAGGCCAUUUGGUGCGCAGAUGGGAGAAGGAUUACAAUCCACAGUGCAAAGAGCGGUUACGGUGUAGUACCUAAGUAGUUCAAAAAUCAUACAAGAUUCAUUCUCAG